AUGUCACUCUCUACAAAGAGAGGAUCUAAGGGAGCAGGACUGCAGCAUAAAAGGACAGAAAAGCAAUCAACCAUCUGCUUGCAGCAAAUGAAUGUAGACAGUAGCAAUGAUGAAGAUGUUGAGAAAUCAAGUGACAACGGGACAGCAACGCAUAAGGAUUCAGAUUCCAAACCUGCCAUGACAAAGAAAAGAAAACAGCCUACAGAGUGUUUUCUAAGUCAGCCAGAAGAAAAACAAGAGACUACUGUAAAGGCAAAGAAAAGAAAGAAGAAGAAAAUUUCUGAUAUUCUGGAAAGAUCCACUCCAAAACCUGGUAUUCCUGCAGAUCUACAAAAUCUGCUUAGUCAGCAUUUUUGUGAAAACCGUUCAGUGAUUGAAAUGGAGGAAUUAAAGCUGUCAGAUUCCUGCUUUUUGCCAGCCAAUGAUCUCACCCACAGUUUUUCGUCGUACCUGAAGGAAAUCUGUCCUAAGUGGGCAAAACUCCGUAAAAACCACAAGGAGAAGAAGUCGGUGGUGAUGCUGGUUAUCUGCAGUUCUGCCCUUCGUUGCUUGGAACUCAUCAAGUCAAUGACAGCAUUUAAAGGAGACUGCAGAGUUCUCAAGUUGUUUGCAAAGCACAUAAAGAUUAAAGAACAGAUGAAUAUGUUGGAAAAAGGCGUGUUCCACAUUGGGGUUGGAACUCCUGGCAGAGUAAAAGCACUAGUGGAGCAAGAUGGCCUUUGCUUAGACUCCACAAAAUACAUGAUUCUGGAUUGGAACUGGAGAGAUCAGAAACUAAGGAGAAUGAUGGAUAUCCCUGAGAUAAAGAAAGAAACAAUUGACCUACUGGAGAUGAGUAUUAUAAAGCUGUGCAGAGAGGGGUCUGUGAAGCUGGGACUCUUUUAAUGGUUCUACCAACAAGGAGAUAAUUUGCAGCUGCAUUUUACUGUUUUCUUGCCUGCAAUUGAAAAUUGAUUAUCAGGUGAUGGAAUCAAGAAUUUUGACUUUUCAGAGGUCUAUCAAUACAGAAAGAAUGCACAUUGCAACUUUUUCUGAGUUUUAAUAAUAAACCAGAAGUUUCAUUUG